AGAACCACAUCAGAUCGUCCAUCACAAUGCCGUCACUCUCAAUGUGUUACUGACCACUCUUCCUCUUCUCAGCUUUACAAACUCGCUAAGCACACCGCUGCUCAUAUGUUACCAUGGCAUCUCGACUCGUCCGUUUUCCGUGGCCCAUGAAUGUUGGGACCGAUAUCUGCCAGGUAUCGCGAAUCCAAACCAUCUUGUCUUGCCCUACCGGCCGCGGUCGACACUUUAUUCGGAGGAUCCUGUGUGAAGAGGAGUUGAGACGGCCUAGCUCCAAACUUAAGUCAUACCUGCGUGUUGUGCUAAAGUUUGCAAAGGAGCAUGACACGCUUAAGGAGCAGGGCAAGGAGACCGAGGGGUUUGGUCAUGGUCAUAAACGGCUAGAACAGAAGUGGAAGGGUCAGGGUGUUGAUCUGGGAGAGGUAGCUGCUUUUAUGGCUGGGAGGUUCGCAGCAAAAGAAGCCGCCAUCAAAGCUCAUCCGCAUCGUCACUUGACCUUUCACGACAUCAUCAUCGCCAAAGCUGUGGAGCUGGACCAGAUCGAGAGAGAAUUGUUACUCCCUUCCUCCCCCUCUUCCUCUUCAUCUUCAUCUUCCAAAACUUUCACCGGCUCAACAACCGGCCCCACCACCCCCGUCGACACGCACGACAUCAUGCCCGAGGACCGCGUCUUCGACUACCAGCUGGAAACCGACAAGCCAAACGGAUCCGACAGACCCAAGAGCUUCACCGGUUCCACCAGGGGACCGACCACGCCUGUGGAUACAAGGGAUAUCAUGCCUGAGGAUCAGGUGUUUGAUUACCACCUGGAAACCGACAAGCGGCCAUUUGAAGGGUCUACGACCGGCCCGACCACGAAAGUGGACAAAAACGAUAUAAUGCCUGAGGACAGGGUGUUUGACUACCAUCUCGAAACAGACAAGCCAGAUUCUGCUGAGUCAAAGUCAAAUGAUACGACGACGCUGGCUGCGAGAAGGACAACAGUACCGCAGGAAGUGCCUGGUAGAGCUAGAUUGGGAAGUGGACCGCCUGUUGCUAUCAUCAGGGGAGGAGCUAAGGGAGAGGGAGAGAAGGGGGGUGACGACGCAAACCAUCAUCAGGUGGCGCUGAUUAGUAUCAGUCAUGAUGGCGAUUAUGCUACUGCUACUUGUGUGGGGUUUGAUGCUGGGAGUAUGGUGAAGGGGGGGUUGGGGUGGAUGGUUUCUCGGUGAGUAGUUGGUAACGAGGUAGAGACAGGUCACUGACCGUGAGAGGUUGAAAUGGCAGUUCAGAGGACUGACUGGCUGGGACUAUGGGUGAAAGAAUAUGGUCAUUACGACUUGGAAUGGAAGUGUGUUGAAGAGGAAUAUGCGGUUAGGGUGUAUUAUUACUGUACUGUAUUUGAUGGCAAUUCAACUCGGAAAAGCAGAUCCGUUGAUGUGGUGAU